GCGCGCGCUUUGUGGACUCACUUUAUGAGCGGCUCAUAAUUCGUGAUGAACUUUCACACGACUCCCCAAACAGAAGUGAAAGCACUCAGUGUGCGCUCAUAAGUAAGCUACCGAAUUGCGCGUUUCAGUCGUCAUGUCACUUCCACGCACGCACACCUCCUCACAGGGGAGAUCUAGUCGGAACCGGUCCGGGAGUAAACGGGGCCCCUUGGUGCGAGAUAAUGGGCCGAUGAUGCGACUUAAUGAGGCGGAGAUGCGCAGGGACAACCUCAGACGCGCUCCUCUCCUCCCCGAGACUUCAGGUGCUCGUCAGGUGAGGAGCAGGACGAGCCCCAGCGGGGAAGAAGCGCUCUUGACUGGAAGCCAAAGGGGAGGAGGAGGAGGAGGCGGAGGCGGCCCGGCGACAUGGAAGCCGGCCAGAGCGCGCAGGCGGCGGACUGCAUGGCGGGCGAGCACUCGGCCGGCAUGUGCGUGCUGGAGAGGGACCGGGAGAGGGCCGAGCUGUCCAGUCCCAGCCCGCCGGCCAAGCAGCGAUCCCUGCGGGUGGUGUACGUGCUGAACGACGGGCUGAAAGCGGUGAUGGCCAGCAGCCCGGAAUCCGGCGCGCUGCAAUGUCUGCAGCGGGCGUGCGACGCCGAGAGCGCCCUGCUCACCACCGUCACCUUCGGGAGGCUCGAUUUUGGGGAGACAUCCGUGCUGGACAGCUUCUACGACGCAGACAUCGCCGUGGUGGACAUGAGCGAUGUCUUCCGCCAGCCGUCUUUGUUCUACCACCUGGGCGUGAGGGAGAGCUUCGACAUGGCCAACAACGUCAUCUUGUACCACGACACCGACCCCGACACGGCCCAGUCGCUCAAGGAUAUGGUUGCUCAGAAGAACACAGCAUCCAGCGGCAACUACUACUUCAUCCCUUACAUCGUGACCCCCAACCAUGAGUACACCUGCUGCGAGAGCGACGCCCAGCGGAGGGCCAGCGAGUACAUGCAGCCCAGUUGGGACAACCUCCUGGGGCCCCUCUGCGUCCCCCUCAUGGACCGCUUCACCAGCCUACUGAAGGAUAUUCACGUCACAUCCUGUGCCUCCUUUAAGGACACCUUGCUCAACGACAUCCGCAAGGCCAGGGAGAAGUACCAAGGCGAGGAGCUGGCCAAGGAGCUCUCCCGCAUCAAGCUCCGCAUCGACAACACCGAAGUCCUCACGCAGGACAUCGUCAUGAAUUUGCUCUUCUCUUACAGGGACAUCCAGGACUACGACGCCAUGGUCAAACUGGUGCAAACGUUGGAAAUGCUGCCGACUUGCGACCUGGCAACACAGCCCAUGAUCCAGUUCCACUACGCCUUCGCAUUAAACAGGAGGAACAGUCCCGGUGACAGGGAGCAGGCUUUACGCGUGAUGCUGCACGUCCUGCAGUCAUGCGAACACCCGGCUCCCGACAUGUUCUGCCUGUGCGGGCGAAUCUAUAAGGACAUUUUCCUGGACUCUGAUUGCAAAGACACCAAAAACAGAGACAACGCUAUACAGUGGUACAGAAAGGGGUUUGAGCUGCAGCCGACCCUCUACUCGGGUAUUAAUCUGGCCGUUCUCCUCAUCGUCGCCGGCCAACAGUUCGAGAGCUCCAUGGAACUAAGGAAAAUCGGUGUUAGGUUGAACAGUCUGUUAGGACGGAAAGGGUCCCUGGAGAAAAUGAACAACUACUGGGAUGUGGGUCAGUUCUUCACUGUUAGCAUGCUAGCUAGCGACAUCCCCAAAGCCACCCAAGCUGCCGAGAAACUCUUCAAACUGAAGCCGCCUCUCUGGUACCUGCGCUCGGUGGUGCAGAACCUUCAGCUGAUUCAGCGGUUUAAAAAGCAGUUGGUGGAACAUUCCCCGCAGCGCGACAGACUCAACUUCUGGAUGGACAUCAUUGUGGAGGCCACGCAGGGAACCACCAACCGGCUACGUUUUCCCGUCCUGAUUCUGGAGCCCACCAAAGUGUACCAACCCUCGUACGUGUCCAUCAACAACGAAGCGGAAGAGAAGAACGUCUCCAUCUGGCACGUGUCGCCCGCCGAAACGAAAGGCAUCCACGAGUGGAAUUUCACCGCCAUGUCCAUCAAAGGCAUCAGCAUCAGCAAGUUUGACGAACGUUGCUGCUUCCUCUACGUCCACGACAACUCCGACGACUUCCAGAUUUAUUUCUCCACCGAGGAGCAGUGUGCUCGGUUUUGCUCCAUGGUCAAGGAAAUGAUCUCGGACGGCACCGGCAACGCCGUGGAAUUGGAGGGCGAAGGAGACGGAGACACCCUGGAGUACGAGUACGACACCGACGAGACGGGCGACCGGGUGGUGCUGGGUCGAGGCACCUACGGGGUGGUGUACGCCGGGAGGGACGUCAGCAACCAGGUCCGAAUUGCCAUCAAGGAGAUCCCGGAGAGAGACAGCAGGUACUCGCAGCCUCUUCACGAAGAGAUCGCCCUGCACAAAUACCUCAAGCACAGGAACAUCGUCCAGUAUUUGGGCUCAGUUUCAGAGAACGGAUACAUCAAGAUCUUCAUGGAGCAAGUCCCUGGAGGGAGCUUGUCGGCAUUGCUGCGUUCCAAAUGGGGUCCCCUGAAGGAGGCCACCAUCAUCUUCUACACCCGGCAGAUCCUGGAGGGCCUUCGCUACCUGCACGAGAACCAAAUCGUCCACAGGGACAUCAAGGGUGACAACGUGCUGGUCAACACCUACAGCGGCGUUCUGAAAAUUUCCGACUUUGGGACUUCCAAGCGGCUGGCGGGAGUCAACCCUUGCACCGAGACCUUCACGGGCACUUUGCAGUACAUGGCCCCGGAGAUCAUCGAUAAGGGUCCCCGGGGGUACGGAGCGCCGGCCGAUAUCUGGUCCCUGGGAUGUACCAUCAUAGAAAUGGCCACCGGGAAACCUCCCUUCCACGAGCUGGGCGAGCCGCAAGCCGCCAUGUUUAAGGUGGGCAUGUUUAAGAUCCACCCGGAGAUCCCGGAGUCUUUGUCGCUGGAGGCCAAGUCGUUCAUCCUGCGCUGCUUCGAGCCCGACCCUCACAAGCGGGCCUUGGCCUCCGACCUGCUGAGGGACACGUUUGUGCGACACAACGCCAAGGGCAAGAAAAGCAAGAUCGCUUUCAAACCGUCAGACUACAUCCACGUUUCGCUGCCGGUGCAGCUGCAGUGCGAGGCGACGGGGAGCAGCAGCAGCGAACACGGCUCCAUGAGUCCCGACUGCGACUCCAAACACGACGUCUUCUUCCAGAAAAAGAAAAGCUCCGGCUCGGAGAAUCUGCUCAAGCCGCCCAACUCCAACUACCUGAGCGUUCCAGACGAGGGUUCGGUGUCGGAGGACCGCAGCGGGGCCCCCCCCUCGCCAGAGGACCGGGACGGCGGCCUCUUCCUGCUCAAGAAGGACAGCGAGAGGAGAGCCAUUUUGUUCAAGGUCCUCAACGAGGACCAGGAGAAGGUCAUCUCCAACCUGAAGGAGAACUACAUCCAGGGCAGCGAAGAGCUGCAGCUGUCGGUGGAGCACAUCAAGCAGAUCAUCUGCAUCCUGCGAGACUUCAUCCAUUCCCCGGAGAGGCGCGUCAUGGCCGCCACCAUCUCCAAGCUCAAGCUGGACCUGGACUUUGACUCCACCUCCAUCAACCAAAUCCAGCUGGUGCUCUUCGGCUUCCAAGAUUCGGUGAACAAGGUGCUGAGGAAUCAUCACAUCAAACCUCACUGGAUGUUCGCCAUGGACAACAUCAUCCGCAGGGCCGUGCAGGCCGCCAUCACCAUCCUCAUCCCAGAGCUGCAGACGCACUUCGGCCCGGCGUCGGAGUGCGAGGGCGCCGAGAAGGAGGACGAGGUGGACGAGGAGGAGGCCGACUUCGGUCCCGUCUUGGCGCCGGCCGCCACCGAGCCGGGGAACCCCGCCGACCCGGCGCUGCAUUCGACUGUGGCCGCGCUGCACCCGGCCCACGCCCACGAGCACCAACGCUUGCAUCACCACCAGAUGGGGGCGCAGUUGGGCCGCCUCAAGCAGGAGACCAGCAGGCUUCUGGAGGAACUACUCCACAAGGAGCGAGAGUACCAGCAGGUCCUGAAGGCCACGCUGCAGCAGCGCACGCAAGACCUGGACCUGGUUCGAGUCCGUCACAGACCGCCAGACAUUUCACCUCCGUCCAUCUUCCACAUUCCGGCGGACCACGAGCCGGACAAGCAGCUCACCGAUUGGCUGAAGGAACAGGGGGCGGACCCAGACACUAUCGAUAAGUUUGCGCUUGAAGAAUACACACUGACCGACGUCCUGAACGACAUCACCAAAGAUGAUUUACGCUGUCUCCGACUCAGGGGCGGCGUUCUGUGCCGAAUCUGGCGGGCCAUCCAGAGGCACCGGGAGCGAGCGAGGCUGAGGGGAGACGAGCGCUCGGAGGACGAAGCGUGAUGCUCGCCAACGUAAAAUUCCCCAAAGUGCCUUUGUGCCCUUUAGUGUUUUUUUUUUUGCUGCUCAAUUUGACCAAAGCGCUUUGGCGCAGGCACGCCGCUCUGCGUUGAUGCAAUAAUUGAUAUAUCGGAAGAAAAUGAGCUUUGCUGCACUGUUACAGAAAAAAAGGAAACCCGCCAAUUGAGCUCAAAUCUAUCGAAAGAAAUGAAAGUCGUCAAAAUAAAUCGCUUAUCGAUCUCA